AAGCAGUUGUAAGACAGGUGCCCUCGGUUCAUUCUCGGCGAGGGGCAGCAGUAGCCUGUGUGAGAGCGAGUGGGAAGCGCCUGUGGAUUUCUUUUUUACUUGAUUUCUUUCUUUUUUCUUUUUUUUUUCUUUUUUUCUUUUUCGGACCGUCAUUCAGUGUCUGGAUGGCGUGGGACAGGUGUAACCAGGACUCUGUGUGGAGAGAAUUAGAGUGUGCUGCCUUGGUUGGUGAAGACCAGCCUCUCUGCCCGGACCUCCCUGAACUGGACCUCUCAGAGCUGGAUGUCAGUGACUUGGACGCAGACAGCUUCCUGGGUGGCCUCAAAUGGUACAGCGACCAAUCAGAGAUUAUUUCCACCCAGUAUGGCAACGAUGCAUCCAAUCUUUUUGAGAAGAUAGAUGAAGAAAAUGAGGCCAACUUGCUGGCAGUGCUUACAGAGACCCUGGACAGCAUCCCGGUGGAUGAGUACGGAUUGCCUUCGUUUGAGGCCCUGGCAGAUGGGGACGUGACCAAUGCCAGUGACCGGAGCUGUCCCUCCUCCCCCGACGGCUCGCCACGCACCCCAGAGCCAGAGGAGCCUUCCCUGCUGAAGAAGCUCCUUCUGGCACCCGCAAACUCCCAGCUCAGCUAUAAUCAAUACACAGGUGGCAAGGCACAGAACCAUGCAGCCAGCAGCAACCACCGGAUCAGACCACCACCUGCCGUCGUCAAGACGGAGAGCCCCUGGAAUGGCAAAGCGAGAGGGGGCUCCAGCCAACAGAACCGCCCGGUGAGGCGGCCGUGCACGGAGCUGCUGAAGUACCUGACCGCCACCGAUGACAUCCUGCUCCACACCAAAGCAAGCGACGCCAAGAGCACCUGGGGCGGUGCCAGCAGCAGGGACAAGGGUGGCCUGGGUCUCGGUGCCUCUUCCUCUUCCUCUUCGCCAUCCUCGUCAUCCACCUCCUCGUUCUCCUCCCUCUCCUCCACCUGUUCCUCAUCUUCCUCCACCACCUCCAAGAAGAAGUCGGCUGUACCGUCUCAGCAGCAGCAGCAGCAGCAGCAGCAGCAGCAGCAGCAGCAGCAGCAGCCGCCGCAGCAGCGAGGUGAGAGCCGGGCUGCAGGCAGGUGUAGUGUGGCUGGUGUUGGGGCUGGGAAGUGGCAGCGUUGCUCUCACGAUGACGGGGUUAAGGAGUCGGAGGGUGCUUCUAUCCCUGUCGGCCACAGAACCUCCACCUGCGGCCACGCCUGCCCCAAACAGGAGCACGGGCCGCCCAGUGAAGAAGGAAGGCCGCCAGGCGAUGUGGGCCGCCUGGCUAGGUUUAUUAGGUAUAUGCAUUCUUAUUCCCUCCCUCCCCGAGAGGCGAGUCACAGCUGUGAGCAUUGCCGAGAGGCUGCGGGCGCCACUCAGGCUACUGAGGGCAGGCAAGGCCGUAGAAACAGUAGCGUGGCCAGCCGUAGGCACAUCACAGUGACUAUUAAGAAAAGAGAUGAGAAGCCGGGGCACCCUUUGCUUAGCCAGCUGCUCACCUCCAAACACAAGCCUGCUCAGUAUCAAGCCCACAUACCCCCACCUCAGAUCACCCCUUUACCCAGAAUUCAGAGCAGGUCAGCAGGUAAGAGCCCAGCACAGGCUCCCUCAAAGGUGAAGAAGGAGGAGUUGGGAGGAGCCGCUGAUUGUACAAAGCGGGGAGUAAGUCAGCUUGAAGAGCCUGACUCAGGGUCCCAGGUUGGACCUCCGCCCUUAGGUUUAGAGAGCUGGGUUUACCAGCCAGACUCGGGGCUAGACUUUGGACUAGAGCUUGGGUGGCUAAACCAGGGGCCCUAUGGGGAGGAUGUUGACAAUGAUGAUGAUGAUGAUGUUGCUGAUGAUGAUGACCAUGUCAUGGGCAGCACUGCUACUAUCCCAAAUACUAGAAUGGCAGAGCCCGCCCCCCCCUGCCUCACACAUGGGCAAGGGGCCCCACACAGGCAGGCACUCAGCGAGCACCCCGACGACCAGGGCCUCCUGUUGUUAGCCAAACCAACCACCUUGCCACUUCCUUUGACCCCAGAGUCUCCAAAUGACCACAAGGGAUCACCGUUUGAGAACAAAACCAUUGAACGCACAUUAAGUGUGGAGAUUGCUGGAACCCCAGGUCUGACACCACCUACCACGCCCCCACACAAAGCCAGUCAAGAGAAUCCUUUCAAAGCAUCGCUCAAAACCAAGUUGUCUUCAUGUUCCUCAUCGGCCUUGGCGUGCAAAAGAGCCAGGCUGAGCGAAUUGGGCCCCGGCGCUCUGGCUCCUGCCCCAGGUGCCUCAGGCGGGGGUCCCUCCAGGAAGGGUCCUGAACAGUCUGAGCUUUAUGCCCAGCUGAGCAAAGCGUCCACCGCCCUACCUUACUCAGUCGCCCAACACACAUUGGGGGGCGGCCCUGAGGAGCGUCGCAGCACUAAGCGGGCGGCGCCUCGCAGCUACAGCGACCAUGACUAUUGCCAAGCUAGCGCUAAGAAGGACGGCGGCACAGCCAUUGCUGCCAUGACUACACUAGCGGUCACCUCAGGUGCCCCCACUGUGCCCCCCGCGCUUCCCACAGGCAGCGUGGAGAACGGGCAUGUCGAAUGUAAGGACUCAGCCAUGCCUCCAUCCUCUUCAUCAUCUUCACCUCCUCCAUCAUCAGCUUCAUCUGCUCCUUUGGCGAAUGUUGAGGAGCAGACCCUCACACCGACACAGAGCCCCCCACAGGAGGCCCCCACCGACUGGGACCAACUCCACUCCUCUGCCAUCAGCCGGAAGCUCCUGCGAGACCAGGACAUCAGAGCAGAACUCAACAAACAUUUUGGCCCCCCCUUAAAAGCCUUUUGUAACCCAGGGGGCAAGGAGAGAGAAGCAGGCAGCAAACCAAGUAAGGCUGCGGUCCCUCAGCCCCCUAAUGAGGGGGAGUCAGGGUACCUGAACCCGGGGAUCCUGCCCUUCCAGGACGAGCUGGAUCUGGGUGAGAGCCGCGAGAGCCGCUUUCUGUAUCCCUGGGAGGGCACUCCUCUGGACCUCCUUUUUGACUGCCCCCCUUGCUCUCCCUCCUGUUCCCCACCGUCCAGCUGCUCCCCUUCUCGAGGCUCCGUCUCCCCCCCCCCCUCCCUCCUCCUCUCGCCCAGCAGGCGUUUUUGGACCAGCAGCGGGUCCCGCUCCCGCUCCCGUCCUCGUUCCCGCUCCCACUCCCGCUCCCGCAGCUCUUCCUCGCACUACCGGAGGCGCUCCCUCUCCAGCUCACCUGACAGACGCCCCUCCUCCUGGUCUCGUCACAACACAGACGCAAGCACCUUUCGUUCCAGGACUCAGAAGAGCCCCCACCCUCAGGCUCGCUCCCCUCUCAGCCGCAGGCCAAGGUAUGACAGCUACGAGGAGUACCAGCACGAGCGGCUGAAGAGGGAGGAGUACCGCCGGGACUACGAGAAGCGGGAGUUCGAAAGGGCCGAACAGAGAGAGAGGCAAAAGCAAAAAGCAAUAGAGGAGAGACGGGUGGUGUACGUGGGGCGACUGAGGUCCGACUGUAGCCGCACAGAGUUGAAGCACCGCUUUGAAGUCUUCGGCGAAAUUGAAGAAUGUGCAGUGAACCUGAGGGACGAUGGGGACAAUUUUGGCUUCAUCACCUACCGCUACACUUGUGACGCCUUUGCCGCCCUUGAGAACGGACACACCUUACGCAGGUUAAACGAGCCUCAGUUCGAGCUGUGCUUUGGCGGACAAAAGCAGUUCUGCAAAUCACAUUACACAGACUUGGACUCCCAUUCGGACGACUUUGAUCCAGCCUCCACUAAAAGCAAGUACGACUCCAUGGAUUUUGACAGCUUGCUGAGGGAGGCGCAGCGCAGCCUGAGAAGGUAACCGGUCACAGAGGGACUUCUGAUACCUCACUGUGGGGUCUCGCUCCUUUGACGACGAGACCACCAGAAGUUUUACACUCUAUGUCAUAGAGUAUAUAAGAAUACGUCUAUAGACCUAUAUCAAUAUAAAUGAAUAUAUCAAAAAUAAAGUUUACAUGAACAUAGCUGCUGAAGAGCUGGGAAGAGACAUUGCAUUCUGGAAAUCCAGCGAACCCUCAGAGCCUGGUGCACUGCUGUGCAACCGUCAGUGAAAGAAGAAAAAAAAAAACUUGUGAUUUUUUUCUCCAAGCACUACAAUACCCACAAUUCUUUGGGGGUGAAAACAUGCAGCUUGUUCAGCCAGAUAUUUUGGUUUUUUUGCUGUUGAUUUUUUUCUUUCUUUAAACCUGGUGUUUGGAUCUAGUGUUACAUUACAAACAAGAGUAUAAGAAAUUGUGUCUUGGAGGUAAAAUUCUCAAGGUAACAUUGCUGUCUACAUUUUGAGGAGAAAUGUAGCCGUGUAUUUACAAAUACUAUAAAAAGGAAUAUUUUUAUUUUAUGUACAUAUCUGAUAAAGUUCUUUAUUUGUUACAGCUAUGCACUGUAAAACGCAGCCUUUUUUAAAAAUGAGGAGAACAUUUCUUAAUUCAGAAUGUCGAUCUGUGGUCAUUACAAUACUGUAAAACAUAUUGUACACCUACAUGAUGUUUAGAAGACAUGAUAUGAUUGUAAAAAAGUAAAAAAGAUUUGUCUGAUUGCUCAUUUUGAGGGAGCAUGUGAACAAACGUCCUUUUUUAAGUUAUUUUGUCGGGGGAAAAAACAGUCAACCAUGUAUAGUUUUCUCUGUUUAUAACGUUUCUCAAUCAGUGUUUUUGCUUAUGAAACCAGUAUAAAAUGCAUUUUUAACGUGUUUUUCAUGAUUGUAAAAAAAAGGUACCCCAUUUUUUUAUUAAUUAUUUCUGAAGCAAUCAAUAUAUAUAUAUACAUAUAUGUAUAUAUGUAACUGGGUUUGAUUUCAUUGCUUUGUAUGGUUCUCCUUUUGAUUACCUUCAAUGAAAAAGACUACUGCAUUCAAAUCUGUUCAAUCAGUACAAACACAUAUUUAUCUAUUUAUUUUAUUAUUUGAAUCAAGACUAUUUAUGGGCUCCAUUUCUACAUGGCGUACCUCACGGAAAUCUAUUUGCUGUUUUAUGUUGUCCUUCGAUCUGUGUUAUUUAACUUCCAAUCACUAGACAGGGUGUACAAUAAAUGGUUUGGUGGAGAUAGUAUUACCUUCUAUGCCUUUCCAAAACAAUCAAACCAUUCAGCUAAUCACUCCGGCAAGCAGCGCUCAUCACGCAGAGAUUUCUGUCUCCACAAUCCGUCACAUCUUUCUUUCCACACACGAGCAGAACAUGAAGCAAUAAAAUGAUUUAGCAGGAAUUUAUUUGUUGUACCACUGUAAACACUCGUUGUCAUCGCUCCACUCACGCUUGAUUAUGUGAAUGCCAAACAAAAGUUUACAAUUUCCUUUUCCUGAAUUUUUUAAAGAUCUUGUAUUUGAUGUACAAUAUAUAUAUAUACUUAUAUAUAUAUAUGAUGAUACUUAUAUUAUUCACGAUAAUUACAAGAUGAUUAAUAAUAAUAACAAUGAUAAUAAUAUAAAUGAAAGAAAAAACUAUAUAAAAAGCAAUAAAUUAUUUUUCAGAGUUGUAUUUUA